CUGGAAGCCGAGGCCAAGUUUGACAACGUCGGGUAUAUUCCGACCCCAACUCUAUCACUCGCUGUCACUUUCACCUCACCGAAAACCUGACUAGAGCUAGGGAAAUGAUGCGCCACUUUGUGAUAGUUAAGAAGCUAUAGAUUUUGAACUUCCGAUGUAAGGCUAUACCAGUGGUGUGAACUCCCCACUUUAGGACAGAUCUAUGUGUGGUGAUUUAUAGAAGUGUGCGUUUAUAUGAUUGACACACUCUAGAAGCACUCACUAACACUUACACCAACAAUUAUGAGCAGACAACUUUUGAACAAACAAGGAAAAUUGAUAGAAAAGAGCUAGAAGUAUUCUAGUAAGUCAGAAUUAUCGCAUGGAUUUUGGUAUUUGUAUUUUGAGUGAAGUUUGGUGGUAAAAACGGUGAUUGAACUUGGAUAGCUGUUAGGCAGAUUCAUGGGGUGUGAUAGCUUUGGCAUAUUUGCUGCCUGCCUACUUCACCAGUCGGUACUUUGGCGAUUUUGCUUCUUCGGGGACAUAACAACCUUGGAACAUAGAUCCCACUUCUUCUCUGACUUAUUAACCACGGAGUCUCCGACCUUGUUCUUCUUCACUGACCUUUCAUCUCUCCCUCAACAUCAUCCUCUGAACUGCACUCAACACCGCUACCACACACAAAUCUCAUCAUGCCUACCACUCCCACCAAAGAAGGGGCAAAUGGUGCCAAGCCUAAACUGACUCAGCGUGAGAUGGAAAUCAUAUCCAAAGCAUGGCUGUGUAUCACCGAGAUCAAGGACGGGGUACCUCAGGUCGACUCCAAGAAGCUUGCCGAAGUAGGCGGUUACCGCACUGGAGACUCCGCAAGACACAUCUGGAAGCCGAUCCGGAUUAAGCUCAUGGCCUUGAGCGGGAUCGAGCCUACCAGCGUCUCUCCCAAGACCAAGGCCAAGAACGCCGCUCAGAAGCGCAAGGCUGGCGGUGUUGAUGAGAAUGGGGAUAUGGAGCCUCCGGCGAGGAGAUUCCGCGCGAGGAAGAAGAUGACGUUCAAAGAGGAGAGCGACGAUGAGCUUUCGGAGCUCAAUGAUGAGGACUUUAAGGAGAGACUGGCUGAGGAUGAGGUUUAGGUGUAUGGAUAAGGGCAAUGUUACUCACUGUGGAUGUCUCCGUACUUCUUCUGGCACGUCUUAGGUAGAUGGCACUUGGCUUUGUUACGGGGAGGAAUCGGAUAGGUGGUUUUUGAUAUGUGCGGUAAAGAUGUGACGUGAAAAUUGACGGGUCAUGCUUAGUGUUAGAUUACACCACUACACCAAAAGUUGAAUGAUUGAUCUGCCAUUGUUUCUCUUUAGUUUAUGUCAACUUAGCGCCAUGAGGGCCUAUUGCAUUGGGUGCUCUUCAAGACCCUGAGAGUAGAGCUUUCGGUAUGAACUUUUGACGAUAACCUUCGCUUUAUUGAGAUUUAAUAGUGACCGUGAAGCUAAGUUUGACUAAUAGUAUACCAAUUCUUAGCCUCUAGCCUAGUGAUUAGUCGAUGCUCUCGGCCACCUCGGACAACUCGGUCAUGUGCCGGGACCGAGUCGGAUACGGCUGAUUGGACCCGGAAGCUUCUAGGUAGACAUUGCAUAAACCCUGCAAGAGUACUC